AGCAGGCGCACGCUCCCGGUUGAGGGCGACCCAGACCAAACCGAGGUCUACCACAACAGGACUACAACUCAAAAGGACCAUAACCAUCACCAUCACCACCGGCAUCACCACCGCCGCGGGACCACAGACGUUCAACCGGAUUAUUCCCAUCUCGAGCAGCAGGACUACGAACUGGAGCACAAUGAGCACAACAGGCAACAGAGACAGUCGAGCCAGCUGCGCUCGCACAAACAACCGCACCACUAUGCUCACUCACACCACAGUCACUACCAGGGACGGGAGCGGGACGGGGAGAUGAACAGGUGUGUAGGGACAGAGGAGUGGACGGAAGACAUGUACAUUCAUCGCUGAGAUGGUCAUUGUUAUAAUGCUGCUAUGUGAAAUGCUGGAUACGUGUACUCAGGACAACAUGGUUUCUUCUUCUUUAUCCAUUCUGCUGCAUCAUUGCCUGUUCUGGUCAGCGUCUAAUUUUCUUGAUU